AUGGUGGGCACCAAGCUCGCGCUGCUCCUCAUGCUCACCGCUGGCGGUGCGAUGGGUAAGACUUCCAACGUGCAACGGCUGGACCGUGCAUCGCUCGUGCGUCGCGACAACAACGACCGCACCCCCGGCGGUACCCCCUUUGGACCCGGUGGUGCGGGCGGCCAGGGUGGCAACAACGACCGUGCUCCCGGUGGCACGCCCUUCGGUCCCGGAGGCUCGGGUGCAGGUGGACCUCCUGUGCAGGCCUCGCUUGCUGCCGCUGCUCCGGGCGGUCAGAAGCACUGGGCGACGGAUGCUUCGGGCAUGAAGGGUGACGAGCUGGUCAAGAACCUCCCCGAGGGCUUCUUUGUCGGUUCGGCCAUCGACAACCCGGACCUCAAGGACCCACUCGCUGCUGCUCUGCUCAAGAACAUGCCCUACGUUACGCCGGGCAACUCGCUCAAGAUGCAGUUUGUCUACGAAAACGAAAACUCGUGGACCGAGCUGCUGACUGCGUCGGAAAAGGCCAACGGCAAGGGAACGCUCAAGUGGAAGUACCACACGCUCAUCUGGGGCGCCGAGACGAGCCAGAAGAUGAUGCAGCAGUCGUUCAGCAAGGAGGCCAUGAUGAAGACCAUCACCGACUUUGUCACCAACAAGCUCUGCACCAAGAUCGUCAAGGAGACCGACUUCUGGGGCAUCGACGUGCUCAACGAGGUCUUCCGUGACGACGGUCAGGGCUUCAAGAACAAUGGCUACUUUGAAGUCAUCGGCGAAGAGGGAUACAUGGAGGUGCUCAAGCUGGUCAAGAAGCAGUGUCCCAACCAGAAGCUCAUCGUCAACGAGUACGGCAUGGAGAAUGCCAACCCCAAGUCGGACUUUGCGUUCAAGACCAUCAAGAAGUGGCUUGCCCAGGGUGUUCCUGUUGAUGUCGUGGGUUUGCAGUUCCAUAUCGGACCGGAUAACAAGUACGAGGACAUGUACAAUGCCAUCCACCGCUGGACGUCGCAGGAUAUUCCCGUGGUGCUCUCCGAGAUCGAUGUGCCCAUCAACCUUCCUCCUUCGCCUCAGGACCUCGAAAAGCAGGCCCAGACGUACGGUAACCUCAUGCAGGCCGCUCUCGAGGGUGGCGCGUUCGGUGCUACCUUCUGGGGCAUGAUGGACUCGCACACCUGGUUCGGCACCCAGCAGGACCCCGGUGUAGGUAAGGGCAAGGUCGGCGCUCCGCUGCUCUUCGAUGCCCAGGGCAAGCCCAAGCCUGCCUUUGCGGCCAUCGUCGACGUCUUCAAGAAGUGGGGCAAGAAGCAGGCGGGUAUCGCCAACGGCAGGGCUACUGAUCUUGGCCACACCUCCAAGGGCGGCGCUGAUGCCAAGUCCGGCCCUGGUUCCGACGAGUCGUACGGUGCUGGUGCUGGCUCGAACGCUGGUGCUGGCUCGAACGCUGGUGCUGGUGCUGAUGCUCCCGGUGCUGGUGCGGGUGCUAGCGGCCCUGGUUCUCACGAGUCGUACGGUGCCGGUGCCGGUGCUGCUGCUGGCGGUGCUGGUGCGGGUGCUCCUGGUGCUGGCGCUGGCUCGGGUGCUGGCGGUGCUGGCUCUGGCGAUAUCGACAUGGGCCCCCCUGACCUUGGCGCUGCCCCUCGUACUCCCGGUGCCGGUGGUGCCGGUGGUGCUCCUGGCGCUAACGGCUCUGGUGCUCCUGGUGCUGGUGGCCCUGGUGCUGGUGGCCCUGGUGCUGGUGCUGGCUCUCCCGGUGCUCCCGGUGCCCCCGGCGCUCCCGGUGCUCCCGGUGCUCCUGGUGCUGGUGCUGGCGCCCCUGGCUCGGACGCACCCGGUGGCGGAGCGUACGGCGCGUACGGUGCCGGCUCAGACGCCGACGCUCCCGGUGCUCAGCCCGGCGCCCCCGCCGCCAAGCACCACGGCCACCACGGUCACCACGGCCACCACCACGGCCACCACGGCAGCAACGAGCAGCCGCAGCCCUACCGUCGCUCGCUCGCGCGUCCCCUCUAA